AUGUCCCAGGAAAAUGGAGGGGAGACUCUGGAAGCAAAAAUUGAGAUGCUGCUGAACGUCGAGAAGCAAAUGAGGCAGGUGGGUGACGUUUCCGGCACGCGGAAGGCCGUCACCGAUAUUCUAAAGCUCUGCCUUGAGGCCGGCGCGUGGAAGACACUCAACGAGCAGAUUGUGCUCAUCUCCAAGCGGCGUGGGCAGUUGAAACAGGUGCCUGUUAAUUUCUUGAGAUUGUUCAGUGCUUUUUUCCUUUUGUUUCAUCUGUGGGUUAGUCUAGUUGAAACUACAAGUUCAAUUGUCCAUGCGUGCCUGCAGUCUCUUCACAUUCGAUUAGGGUUCCUGCUUUGUGGUGUUGAUCUGGCUAACAAUAUUAGUUCGAGGUAUGGAAUUAGCGGUUCGUACUCUUCUGUGAUUCUCUCGUUCUCUUGGUUAGCUGUGCAAGCCAUGGUCCAACAAGCAAUGCUAUACAUUGACCAGACUCCAGAUCUUGAUACUAAAAUAGAGCUUAUCAAGACACUUAACAAUGUGUCUGCUGGGAAGAUCUAUGUGGAGAUUGAGAGAGCUCGUCUGGUUAGAAAACUUGCAAAGAUUAAGGAAGAACAAGGUCAAAUAGCUGAGGCUGCAGACUUGAUGCAAGAAAUUGCGGUGGAAACAUUUGGCGCCAUGGCAAAAACUGAAAAAAUAGCGUUCAUUCUUGAGCAAGUCCGGUUGUGUUUAGAUCGGCAGGAUUAUGUCCGUGCACAGAUACUGUCGCGAAAAAUUAGUCCUAGAGUGUUUGAAGCUGACAUUUCAAAAGAAAAAAAGAAGCCUAAAGAAGGUGAAAACAUUGUUGAAGAACCUGCUGCUGAUAUUCCAUCGCUGUUGGAGUUGAAAAAGAUAUACUACCAGUUGAUGAUUCGGUAUUACAUGCAUAGCAAUGAUUACCUUGAAAUAUGCCGUUGUUACAAGUCAAUAUAUGAUAUUCCCUCUGUGAAAGAAGACCCUGCCCAGUGGAUACCGCUGUUGAGAAAAAUAUGUUGGUAUCUGGCCUUGUCUCCUCAUGAUCCUAUGCAGUCUAGCCUUCUCAAUUCAACCUUGGAGGAUAAGAACCUCUCAGAGAUUCCUCAUUUCAGGUUAUUGUUGAAACAACUGGUCACUAUGGAGGUUAUUCAAUGGAUAGCUCUGUGGGACACAUUCAAAGAUGAGUUUGAGAGUGAAAAGUACAUGGUUGGUGGUUCUUUAGGUGAAAAGGCAGCUGAAGAUCUGAAACUCAGAAUAAUAGAACAUAACAUCCUUGUUGUCUCAAAAUACUAUUCACGGAUUACCUUGAAGAGACUUGCAGAUCUGCUAUGCCUUACAGUCAAGGAAGCAGAGAAACAUCUCUCGGAUAUGGUUGUCUCGAAAGCAUUGGUGGCAAAAAUCGAUAGACCUGUGGGCGUGAUUAGUUUCCAAUCGGCCAAGGACAGCAAUGACAUUUUAAAUUCAUGGGCAUUGAACUUGGAGAAGCUGCUCGACCUUGUUGAGAAGAGUUGCCACCAAAUCCACAAGGAGACAAUGAUCCACAAAGCUGUGCUUAGAGUUUGAGAACUUCUUCUUUGUUAAAAACGGGUAGCACUUGUGCCUGUUCCAGUGGCAAGAGCCAGGAUGGACAUUCAUAUUCAUUGCUAUUGUGUGCCCCAACUUUCGGAAUGAUUUGGCACUAGGUGUGUUAUCCUAUUCCAUGUUCUCUAUCCUUUCUAAUAUUUUUGGCAUUUUUCAUGUGGUUCUAUUCUGUCAAUUUUUACAUGCAAUAUAAGUUCUUUUGAGGAAUUAAUGUAUCCGUGCUCGUGAGCAAAUAUUUGUUCAAAGUUCCCGUACAUGACCAGAAAUGUGCGUAAUUAGUUUGCCACUUUGAACGUUCUACAGAUGUGUUGUUGGCUGAAUUUGAGUCUUCUUAUGACUUUGAUGCCCAUAUUGUCCCCAGAAUGUUUGUUUGCUUCUAUUCAAGAAAAGAAAGAAUGUAGACAAUUAAAUCUAUGGUCUUGUGGUUUGGCGAUGGAUGAAAAAGCCCUUCGAAAACCACUGGUUUUUGCAGUUGCCACAUUUGAACCAGUCUUUAGUGGCAAGAUUGAAAACACACAAGUUUACGUCAAGUGAAUGUGGUGAAUUUUUAGAAAAAUUAGAACGUAUGGUAAGUUGGGAAAAUUGACUAAAUUGCAAAUGGUGG